GUCAAGACCAAAACUUCGAAGCUCAUUACUACUUGCGCGACGAACUCAAGACCAACACCAACACCAACAUUCGCAGCAGCAGCAGCAGCAGUACCAUUCACGUACAACACUACUACGGCAACGACAACCAAGUCGAGGAAUAUUUUAACAAUCGACUGCAUCAUCAUCAUCGUCGUCAGCGAUUGCAGCCUCGGACCCAAAUCAUGUCUCUUGGAACCAUUGGACAGAGUGUGCGCGACGAGUUGAAAAAGAGCAGCAUCAUUGACGAUGUAAUCGACGACUUCCAUCCCUCUCUGCUGCUCACAAUCACGUAUCCCAAAUCCAACGUCUCCGCCAAUCUCGGCAACACCAUCAAGCCCUCUGACGCACAGCAACCCCCCGUCGUUGAACUGCACUCCUCCGACGGCUCCGCCAGCAGCCACGAGAGCACAUACACCCUAGUCAUGACCGACCCGGACGCCCCGUCGCGCGAGGACCCCAAGUGGUCUGAAUUCUGCCACUGGAUCAUCACCAAUGUGCCCCUGAGCAAUACCAAUGGCGGUGCUGGCGCCGGCGCCGCGAAAAGCGCAGAGGCCCAAGAAUCCGCACACGGAUUGAAAGAGAUUAUCGAAUACAAGGGCCCCGCGCCCCCGCCCAAGACGGGAAAGCAUCGAUAUGUGCUUUUGGCAUUUGAACAUAAACAUCAUCAUCACAACAAGGGAAAUACAGGUGGAGGUCCGUCGUCGUCAAGCCAUUUGAGCGCGCCGAGUGAGAGGAAGCAGUGGGGAACAGGCAAAGUCCGACAUGGUGCGCGACAAUGGGCCGAGAAGAAUGGAUUGGUGCCUGUCGGCGCGAAUUUCUUCUACGCGCAAAACAACGAGCAGUAAGCUCCACUGAUCGACUGAUCCACUGAUGAUAUUAGUCCUUUACUUUCUUAUUUUCCCCCCUUCACAUUUCUCGUACUCGGAAGAAAGUGUCAAGUGGAGUGAAA